UCGUACGGCAAUCAUCAGUGCGACCGGCGCCCCCGCGAGCUACGGUCCGCAUACGCCGGAUCGGCGGCGGUUUAUUUACAGUCGCGUCUAGUGAACUAUGAACAUGUUGAGUGGUUUAUUUUUAAUUAGAAGUUUUAGAACGCUGGUGAAUAAGACUUACGAUUCGGAACGCUGAAGUUUUCUUUUCUAAACGAAGUUGCAUUGUUUACACGCUUAGUCGUUAAUAGUAUGGGUACGAGCAUAAGGAGAUGUUACAACUAACGAUUCGGCAACGGCGAGACUCAUGUUUACAGAAGUGCUCAAACGUUAUCCAAAAACUAACAUGAUAAUAGGUCGGUGAUAUUUACUCGGAUUGAAGUGCAGUGAUAAAAGAACAAUGGAUUCGAACAUACAAUAAGUGUAUCUGUGAACGAGUGAUUGAAGGAAAAUGGAGGGUGCUGUGCUCAGCACCCAAAGUAACGGUAGAUUUCGUCACCUGAAGAAUGCGGCUUCAGCGCUCUGCGCACGGACCCUGCCCAAGUCGAGGUGCGGGGAACCGUCUGUGAGCUCCUCCAGGCACCACCACACUUACCCCCGCGCCACGCCGCCCAAGAGACCCUCCAUCCCGUGCAGGAUGGAGCCCCUCAUGUGCGAGAUGCCCCAGACGAGGAAGGUGGAACCCCUGAGGGAUUCCGUCGCCCAUUCCCCAAACAAGUACGGCGUGGUUAAGCUAAAAGGAACGUUGGCUAGGGAAGUGGCGAGCGCCUGGGAGUACCGGAUCGGCCCUCCCGACGAGCCCGCGCCCGCCCACCGGGUGCAGGGCCUGUUCAACGACAUCGAACUCUAUCCGACUAAAACUCAGGUGUUCGAGAUGCUGGUGUGCGCUCGGCAGUGCGCGCGGCGCAAGUCGCUGGUGCUGACGUUCGGCGAGUUCUGCGUGUUCGCCGCCGAGCUGAGGCGCUGCUCGCGGCAGGCCAGGCAGACGUCUAAGAUCGAGUCGCCCGGCUGGAACGUGGACUGGGAGCUGCGAGAACGGGACGUCUGCAAACAUGUCAACGUUAAUAACAACCGUUGCACAGGCAGCGAGGCGUCGCCGCCCCCCUGCGAGGUGUUCCUGGGAGGGUCGUGUAACCCCACCACGUGGCGGUCCGACAUCGCGAUACCUAUGCUGAAGGAUAUGGGCAUCACAUACUUCAACCCGCAAGUGGACGACUGGUCAACGGAGCUAAUAGAAGUAGAGCAUCGGGCAAAGGCAGAGGCGCGAGCGUUUCUGUUCGUACUGGACAGCGAGACGCGCGCGGUCGCCGCCAGCGUCGAGGCCGCGCAUUUAGCGGCCGCUCCCCGAGAUCUACUGCUUGUGUUGAGGCCGUACAGUCGACAUCAGAAGAUCGGCGAUGAGGCAAUAUCUGACCAAGAGUACAUUGAGCUGGCACGGGCGCGCGCCACGCUACAGGAGGCGGUGGAGAGGCGGGGACUGCCGGCGUUUACGGAUAUCCCCGCCGCUCUGCGAUGCGCACGCGCAGUCCUACGAGGCGCGAGGACGCACCCGCGACAGUCUCUCGGUCACACCAUACUGCGUUUGAAACGCGCAUUCGACGCAGCGGGCGGACGCAACGCUAACCUAUCCCGCUCGAGAGCCGUGGAUGCGUUGAAAGAAGCGACGAAAGCGCCGCGCGACAUCGCCGAGCGCUUUCUGCCGCCCAACGCCGAUACCGUAGACUUUGAAACAUUCUGUGCAGCGGUCGCCGAACUCGCCGCUGAUGCAGGACGGACGCGCGUGUCGGCCGGCUCGAGUAUGGCUGCGCGCGUGUGUCGCGCGUUCCGUACGCUCCGCGACUUGAUAGCCGCGCCCCACCCGCCCGAGUACCAAACCCGCGUCAGCGAAGCGGACACGGGGGCGGAGGCGGCGGGCGGAGCGGAGCGAGUGAGCGGGCAGCGGGAUACCAACGGGCUCAGAGCGCACAACCCGCGGUUACGAGCGUACGGACAGAAGCUCUCUUUGUUUAUACCUAAGAAUGGCGGCGGUGGCACCGGCUCGGCGUCCGACAGCAGCGCGGAGUCCGUGUUCACACCGGGCACGGAACGCCGGCUGGAGCGUCUGCCCGCCAUGUUGGGAGCGCCUACCCACGACGUAUACCUAGGUGGAUCCUUCCCGAGCAACGGCCGUCGGCCCGAGGAGGUUUUGCGUCGCGAAGGCGUGACGUACGUUGUUUCGCGCGCGAACGACUACACGCGCAUGUUCAGCGCGCCCGCCCGCCGCGCCGCGCCCGCGCACCCCGAGUCGCCGAGAACGGACAAGAAGCCGCGAUCCGAUCACACGGAUCGACCCGGUCAUACGACGGAUCGAACCGGCCACGGGACCACGGAUCGAACCAGUCACGUGACCACGGAUGAAGUCGACCACGCCCCCCAGUCGCCCCUAGAUCCGAGUAUCGAGUUGAGAGGCGACAGAGAUAGCAGAGUCGCAGAGAGACUGAGCGCGUCGGACUUCUACUCGGUGACGGAAGACCACACUCCGCAGCCGUUCAAAGGUACCUACGACGAAGACCUUCUCCUGGGUUCUCGGCAGCUGGUGUUCUCUCUCAGCGCGGAGGCGCCGUGCUUCGCCGCCAUGGUGCUCGCCGCGCACUACAUGGGGCUCCGGCCCGGUGCCACCGUGUUGAUAGUACAGCCUAUGGACCCCAAGGCGGCGCAUAAUUACAGCGAAGCAGCAGUGAAGGACUACAAUCGCGGUCGUCACUACCUCACAGACCUCGCGCGGCGCUCCGCCGUCCCCGUGUUCGACAACACGGACGCCGCGCUCGCCUGCGUCAUGGAACGGCUGCGGGCUCGCGACGCACUCACGCCGGAGUGAAUGUUGAGUGAAAUAAUUAUACUGGCUGUUCGUAAAAUAAUUAAAAAGCUGCCGUCUCUUAAAGACGUGAUGCGUGAUACUAGUUGGGAAGAAACGAUGCACUGUACCCUAAAGGUGAGACCGCACUAAGCGACACUAUGCUGCAGCGAAGUGACGCAACAAUUAACGUAUAGAUAUGUCGAUUAGUGUCGCGUAGCUCCGUUGCCGCGUAGUGUCGCUUAGUGCGGUCUCACCUUAAAAAGCUGAGUAAUGAUAUCACGUGUUAGAGCCGUGAAGCAUGAAUAGCAAAUGGACAUUAAAAAAAUUAUCCACAGCCGAACAUAGAACCUCCUCCUUUUUGGAAGUCGGUUAAAAACUGGUAUAAAAGCAGCCAGUUUGUACAGUGCAGUGUAAGACCGUUCGUUGUAUUUUGACAGCGUAUGGGGGUUGUUUUAAAGUACAGUAAAUUUGAGGUACAUAUUUUUGUUUGUUUUUGUCAAUUGAUACGGUCACAUGCCAAUUGUAAAAUGGACACAUAAAAUUACACUUUAUGUCAUGUAAUAUUGUAAUUCUGAAUCUCAAAUCAUUUUUCAUCGAGUAUUCCAUACGUAAUUCCUUUGUAUUUAUCAAAUGUAAGAAAGACAUCACAAUAUUGUUGAACGUGUGUUUGUGCGGCGAGUUUCAUAUUGUACUUAUUACUUAAGUGUUAUCGCUACUAGUGUAACAAGUCUCUCUUGCUUCGUCACUCUCUAUUGUGUAAAUGCGGCGUAAGUCAGGUAGAGAAGCGUGUAGCGGCGCCAUAUAUUUAUUAUACAUUGCUCAAAAUUGUCCACUAGUCUUUAAGAAACUGCUUAAAGUCUUUGGCGUGGAAAUUCGUGUAUUUUUUUUUUCGUAAAAAUCGAUGUUAAUGAUAACAUACGAUACUUUCGGCUAGUUUAUUAAGUUCUUUCGUCGUCGCAAUACGCACCUCUAUCGGUUGUUCUUGCGCUACUCUUGUUAUAGAAUGAAAGAGCCCGAGUGGAAAUGAUAGUGUCGCACCCAGACAUAAAACAUAUUUAAGAAGACGACGCAUCUUGCGAACGCGCGUUACGAAGAUGCGAGGUCUACUUAAAUAUGUCUCCGGUCGCACCAGUCGGGAGCUAACAAAUCUCUGUGAUGAAUUUGUUUAGUAAAUUUUUUAAUGUAAAUUUUCAAAUCAUAAAAUUAAUGAGAUAGUAAAUGAUCGCAAAUUAACAACUAACUGAAUCAUAACAUGACAAAAGCAUGUGUCAGUACACACUCAAUGGUUAUUGUAAAAAUUGUCCUUGGUUUACAACCACCUCUAUUAAAUUAUAGUUUUGUCGGUAUUUUUGUGUAUUGCGGCAAGGAAAAGUUUAGAUAUUUGAUCAUAUAUGAGUAAUGUUUGUCUGAAGUGUUUUUAUGGACAAUCUUUUUAUCAAUAGCAUGCAAUGGCCUGAUUUUGUAAAUAUCUUACCCUUGUAUCUUACUUCAAAGCGCAAGCUGUAUUAGAAAAUUCUCUUGAAUAGAUCUUAAGUGUAUUGACAUAGUGCUGUUAAAAUAAUUUAUUAUUAAUUAAUUAACGAAUUUGGAUUUGGAAAGUACAAAUGUGUCUUGCUCACGUAGCAAAUGUAGCCGGUAUUUGUAAUGUUAAACGAUGUUAUGCAAAAUUAAUUGUUACUACGCAUUAUACUCAUUUUUUAAAUGUAGUUUAAAUUAAAAUUGUAGCUCUAAAUUGUACGGGAUAUCGCACGGAGCUCGACGCUUCAGAGUAGCCCCGCGUUAGAUAAAUAAUAAGUUAAGCUGACUCACUGUCACUAAAUAUUACAAUUUUUAUAAUCGGCAAAUAUUAUUUGCUAGUCACACUUUCACUAACGUGUUUAAGUACUUUACUAUAUUGUUUGAUAGUACAAAAAUCUAAUUUAUAGAAGAAAAUAUUUCAUAUAUUAAUUGUAAUUAUAUGCCAUGUACGCUUAUUUUAAACUAAAACAUCACAUGUAAAUA